CCAACGACCCAUAAUACCCUGAACCACGGCAUGUGCCUUUCUAUGUCAGCCAUUUUGUAGUUUCCUUGAGAAAUUGUGUGUUGAGUUGAUUCUUCCUCUUGGGAACGUGUACAUGAAUGGGGACAUUGGGAAGCUCCCACCAGGGGCGGUUUAUUCAACCACCCCUGAAACUUUGGGUCCAGUUACAAUUGCUAUUGAAGGUGUUAAUCUAUUGGAAUCUUCAGCACAGCAUAGCAUAGGUAUUGCAGGUGCAGUAGGAUAUAAUCGUGUAGAUGUUGCAACACUAGGUGAUGUUUCUACUCCUUCAACCACGAUGGCAGAUCUGUCUGCUUCUGGUAUACCUAUGGAUCAACUCAAACAGAUGCUCUCUUCUCAGCUUGAAUAUUAUUUUUCCAGAGAGAAUUUAGCCAACGAUACAUAUUUAUUAUCACAAAUGGAUAAUGACCAAUAUGUACCCAUAUGGACAGUAGCUAAUUUCAAUCAAGUAAAGAAGCUAACAAAAGAUAUAAAACUUAUAACAGAAGUGUUAAGAGAGUCUCCAAAUGUUCAAGUGGAUGAAGAAGGUCAAAAAGUAAGACCUAAUCAUAAGCGGUGUAUUGUCAUUCUGCGUGAAAUACCUGAUAGUACACCAUUGGAAGAAGUAAAGAAUUUAUUCUCUGGUGAAGGAUGCCCAAGGUUUAUUUCUUGCGAGUUUGCUCAUAAUAGCUCUUGGUAUGUAACAUUUGAAUCUGACGAGGAUGCUCAAAAGGCCUAUAGGUUUUUACGUGAAGAAGUUCGAGAAUUUCAGGGAAAGCCAAUAAUGGCUCGAAUCAAAGCCAAACCAAUGAAUAGGUUACCAAUACCUGUUGUUGCUGGGGUAGGUGGCAUUAAAAAUGGUUACAGAACUCCACCACCUCCACCCGUUUAUGAUCCAAGUAAUUAUACGGCUGGACAACAACGCUUCCUAUAUCCAAACGGUACCACUAUACCGCAAACUACUUUGCCACCUUAUGCUAAUCAGGUUCAUGUUUAUCAUCAACCUUUUUACCCUGCUGGAAUGAUGCCUUGGGGGCCAGCAAGUCCUGCUUAUUUCGAUAUGUCAAGUGUUUUUACAAUGAAUCGAAUUACUCCUCAUAGUACAUUUAAACCUCAUAAUACGAAAUAUAAUCCAAGACACAGAAAUAAACAAAGAAAUGGUCCUGAAAGAAGUUGUCCAAUGGACAGUGGAGGUGGAAUGGUACCUAUGGGCCGUACAUCACAUCCUCCAAUAAGUGGUGGACCAGUCUCUUUGGCAACGCCAUCUCCUACCUUUACAUCCAAUGUACCUACAAUAAAAUCCACUCCUGUUUCCUGUCAAAGCGGCACAAAGUUCCAUUCUUCCCAUGCAGGACUAUCUAAUGCGGAAAUACAAUAUAACAGUAAUCCAACGAAAGGGCCACAAGAAAACGAUAUACAGACGUUGGAAACUGGAGUGCAAUUUCCACGUCAUCGUAUACAUCGUCGGACCAAAGAUCAAGAUACUAUUUCCAAGGCAAACAAUAAUGCUCUACCAUCGAUCAGGGAGACAACUGUCAACAGUAAUAACAACACACAAUAUAAUCGAGGGGUACAGUUUGAUUUAGAGGCUUCGGCUUUUCCCCCACUUCCUGGCCUAGACGCCGAUCUUACGAAAAUCCAUAAUGCAACUAUAGAAACAGUUAAUAAUGAUAGCUCACAGUCACAAAAUAGACUGUCGGACGUGGUCAAAGGAACAGCAAAACUCAAAAAUAAUAAGGAAAAAGAUCCUUCAACUAAUCAUCAACAAUUGACAAAUAAUAGUAGGUCUGCAAGUCCCGGAUCGAGCGCUGGUGGACAUACUGGUUUAUUAGAGGCUAACACUGGUUCUGGAGGUUCGAACACACCUGCCGUAGCUACAGUCUCAAGCUCCAAUCAAUCUGCUAGCAACACUGAUUCCACUGACAUCGCCCUCAGCACCAUCACCCUUACUCCUCCGUCGUCUCCCGAUAAAAAGAAAAAAAAUCAUUCAAUGACACACACUACAGUGCAACUAUAAAUUGUUGUUACUGAUGAUCGAGUCAUCUUGUGGAUUUUGUAUGUGUGCACUCAUGUGUAUGUGUAAGCGCGAUCUUAGCACGCAAGUAAUGUGCAAUCAGUGGGUGGCUAUAUAGCAACGAUACAUAUACGUCGCAUGCGCAUUCACACGUGACAUAACACAUACACGCUCUUCUCAUAUAUAGAAGCAGGCGAGCGCGCGCGCUUGAAUAAAGCGAUACAAAAUUAAGGUGUGCAAAAUUGUGUUUGUAUGUUGGUUGUUGUUGCUUUAGUUUUUCUGUUAUAUGGAUAUAGUUAUUAUCUUCAUUCUUGUUUUCUUUGUAUUAUAUUUGAUAAUCAAGACAUUUCAUUGUUUCAACAUUAUAUACUAUAACGCGCAUUAUCUUAUUGCUUGGAGGAAGGAAUUUACAUAUUUGCAAUUUUUUUUUCUUCAUAAGAUUCCUGAAUUUUAAGAGAUCGUAACAUAAUAAUAUUACUAUUAUAUUGAAUACAUUAAAUAUAUAUAUAUAUUAGAAUAUAUUAAACAGAGCAUGUUAAGACUCAGGUGAAUCAUUAUUAAAUUAAUUUCUAUUCUUUUAAAUAUAUAUUGUGGUGGGUUUAUAUAAACUAUAUUUGGUAAUUUGGUAAUUCCAACGUGCCAUUCCUUGUUACGACUUUGUUUAAAGGAGUUUGCACAAAUUUAAUUAAUUUUGUCAUGGGAACUGCAUAAUUUUCUUUUCCUUUUUUUUUCUCUCCUUUUUUCCUAUUAAAUAAAAUAAUUGCAUGCAUCAAAUAUAAAAGGCACAUAAUUGACAUUUUUUUUCCUGAAACUCGGUACAAUACAGUAUUGUCAUAAAAUUAUUAUUCUUAAAUAUGGUAUUAUAAACAUGUGUUAUUAAGUUAUUAUACAAUGGGUAUAUAACUUUUGUAAAAGUGUGUGAAAUACUUAAGUGACGUAAAAUGAAAUGUGCAUAUAUAAUCUGCAUGAAAAAAGUAUUUACUAGAAUUUGGCAAGGCAACUUUAUUGUUAAUCUUUUUUUUAUUUUUUAGAUCUCUUACAAAUUCUUAUAAUUUCGUUUAUAUGAAUUCACACAUUU